AUGGAUCUACAGUGGGAUGUUGUUAUCAGCAAACUGAUUAUCUGGGUAUUUACUAUAUAUCGAACCUGCUCUUUUAAAAAUAAUAAUAAUUUGUCAUUUAAAAAUACAUCACAUAUUCUGAAUAAAGAAGGUGAUGGUAUCGCAUCAUCGAUCUCUACACAAAAAAUACACACAGCAUUAAUUAAUAAUGACAUAAAAAAGAAAGCUGUUUUAGAGAAAAUAAUAGAUACUCUUAUCACUAUUAAAGAACAAAAUAAUCAAAUAUUAGCUCAAUUAAGAAAAGUUCCUCAAGCAAAAGGAGCUGUCUCAUUCUCCCUGCCAGAGAAUAUACCUGUUCAUCUACCAUUAAAAACAAACGAAAAUUUAUGCUUCUUGGAAGGAUUCAUUGCAGACAAAACUAAUUCAUAUAAUUUGUUGUUUUCAGAUGAAUUGUCUCAAAAGUAUAGUUUUUAUGGGAAACGAUUACCAAAGAAACCUUUUCAUUCUUUAUUGAUAAAAGAUAUUAUAAUAGAUGCAGUGAAAUGUACAACACCAGGUGCUAACAAUCAGGCCAUCGAGGACUCAAUAAAAGUCUGGUUAAAACACGCUCCUCAACGUUUUAAAAAAAUAAACAACAAUUAGUUGCAGCAUGUCUUUAAUGUCAUAUAGAAAAGGUUGCAUUGGGAAACGACAAACAUAUCGAAGAAUUGCCAAUGAAAAGGUAAAAUUAUUUAAAGACUUGAUUGUGUCGAAUGUCCAACAAUCUAAUAAAGAGAAAAACGUUAAGGCUGAUAAAAUACGAAGAGAUUAUAACGUUAGCGAAGAAAAAAUAUAUGUCGCUUCUGACGACGAGAAUAAUACUUGUGAUAAUGAGCAUACCGAAAAUCAGUCUUCUUUAGAUUUAAGUUGCGAAUUAGAUAACGUUGUUAAUAUAAAAGAUAAAGACACACCUGAUUUGAAUCUUCGUAACUUCAUAAAUCACUGGGCUAUUAAGCACAAUAUAACUCAUUCCACCUUAACAGAUCUUUUACAUUUUAUGCAUAAUCUUCACCCAGAAUUGCCCUUAAACUCUAAAACUUUGUUACAAACUCCACUAUCUAUUAACAAAAAGAAAUUAGAUACCGGAGAAUACUGCCAUAUUAGUUUAACGCGAAAUUUAGAAUAUAUAUCUAAAUUUUAUGUUGGGACA